GUGUCAAGCUUCACGUGCUACGUCUGCCUGCCCGAAGUGAAAGGCCCCAAAGCAAGUCGCGACAUCGCGAUGUUGUGGCGCGCCAACAUCACGCGCACGUGGCCGGUCAUCAUGGAGCCGCAGAUGGGCGAGUGCAGCGAGCUGGCCAACACGGCCAAAUUCCUCCUGCAGUGUCCCACUGAUGACGAGUACUCGGUUUGCACCAAGAUCUCAAACGACUACUGGUUCGGCCUGACGUGCGGACGUGCGACGCAGGACCACGGCAACGGGGAGUACGACAUGGGCAACUACACCCUCUUCAACUGCCCCUCCUCCCUGUGUGUCAGCCCCGCCGCAGCCCCAGCGCCGUCAGCCGUCCCUGUGAUGGCCUUCCUUCUCUGGGGAGUCAUCAAGUUCACUGCUUUCUUCUAAGAUCCUCAUUAAAUACAUAGUAAUUAAUCAAGGUCAAGGACUACAGAGACUUGAUGAUGGUCUAGUAGUUGAAGACGGCAGAGACUCUGUCAUUAAUAAGUAAAUGAACAACAAAGUUUACAGUGAUCAAAACCUUA